AUGAGGAAUCGCGUCGUGGGACAAGUCGGCGGGAACCACCCGCAAGAGGCCAUUUCUGCUGAAGAUUUCGUCUCUGCGGCAAUACAGACCGCGCUUGGUUCAUACGAUGCAGAGCCCGUCCAUCAAUAUUGCACUCACGAUAACUGGAAUACGAGUAUCGUCGUGAACUGCGACCGCAUUUUUGGUGGCAUAGGGAACACUCGACAAAGGAUCCUGACGUGUUUGCGCCAUGCUAUGCAUGAAGGUUUUAGUUUCAUCGUCCCAACAAUUUCACUUCGUUCAAAUGAUGAUCUGAGUUUGCUUGAAUCAGACGGAGACACCAGCCUAGAGUACACCUUCAACCGGGAGCUUUUUGUAUCUCGCCUCACCGCUGCAUGCCCCCAAAUGGUCAUUUAUGAUAACGUCGGGAAUGCCACCAAGCCCGAACUCGAGAUCCUUCACUAUCCUACAAGAAUAGGGCAAUUGUGUGUGCUCCCUCCAAAUGUCAACGCAUGGCUAACUUCACAUAGAAGGAUCUGUGACGACCCAGCAGGCUUCGCCACUAAUUUUGGCUCACUCCUCACAUUUCCAGCAUCCAUCUACUACCUCGCCUUCUCUGUGCUCCAUACCCUAAAUGAGCGAUACAAUCUAUCCAUCUCCCCAUUCGCGCUCUCCUCCCCCGCCCCUUAUAUGGGAGUCCACCUCCGCACCUCCGAAGAUGCCAUCAAAGCAGGCUGGUCCUCUUACGAAGUUCAGAGCAAGCACUACCUCUCUCUCGCCGCCUCGCGUUCCUUCUCAACCAUCUACGUCGCUUCUGGGAACGCGACGUCUAUAUUCCAGUUCACGAUGGAAGCAGCGGCGCUCUCACCGCCUGUUACGAUCGUCACAAAAGAGGAUCUCUUAUCUGCGGACGAGCUGAUGGAAUUGAGAGCUUUGACUUGGGAUCAGGCUGCAUUGAUUGAUUAUAUUGUGUUGGAGAGUGCGGGAUAUUUUGCAGGCUUGGUAGAGAGCUCGUUCACUUGGAAUGUGGCGAUGAAGAGGGCGGCUACUAGAGGCAGGGAAGGUGCUGUUUGUGGAGAGCCGCAUGAGGCUGGAGAGGGGAUUGCAUGGUGGGAUGAGUGGUCGGAGAUUAUGGGGGUUGAUCCGAGUGAGUUUAGGGGGAAACUUUGGCCUUGA